AAAGGCUCAGCCCCAAGGGAAAUGGGACUUGCAGCUGGGGCAGAGCGAGUUUCGGUUCCCACUCCCCUUCUGCAGCAGCGUGUCCCCCUGGCACCUUCCCGCUGCACAAAGCCCUUUGGCUGGGGGUCCCGCCGUGCCCCCCACCACCUCCCCCCCGAACCGGCACCCCCAGGGCUGCAGCAGCAGCAGGAAAAUCCCCGUGAGGAUGGGGGUGCUCGGCCCCGAGCUGCUGCUGCACGCCCAGGGGCAGCUGCUGAGCCUUGCAGCGGGGUUUCACUUCCCUGCGGCGAGCGGACGAGCGCCGGGGAGCCGGGAGCAGGCGGCCACGGGACCGGGGGGCUCCGGGGGGCUCCGGGGGGCACCGGCACUGCUGCUGCCAUGGAUUGGGCUGGGGAAAGCACCCAGCUGGCAGCCAUCGUGGAGUCAGAGGGCAGCGAGGAGGAGGAGGAGGAGGAGGAGAAGGACGAGGAGGAAGAUGAGGAGGAGGAGGAGGAGGAGGCAGCCAUGGUCCAGACCCUCUCCGAGGACGACGAAGCGAGAGCGUGGCUGGACGACUUCCAGCAGGCCUCACAGGCGCUGCUGGCCGAGCUCUCGGCGCUGGAGGCAGAGUGUGAGAUCCAGAGGACGUGUCGCCAACAAGCCGAGGCGUACGCGGCACAGGUGCAGAAGGAGAACACGAAGCUGAAGCGGCUCAGCCUGGCCCUGCCGCCCGGCACCGGGGCCGGGGACGUGGCCGGGGAGGGGGACCCCAGCCCCGACCCUACCCAGGAGGAGCUCAAGGGUCUGCAGGAGAAGCUCUCCUGGCUGCUGGUGGAGAAGAAGGAGCUGAGCAUCCAGGUCCAGGAGCUGCAGAGGCAGAACCGGGACCUGCAGGAGCAGCUGGAGAAGGAGAAGAUGGAGAGGCAGAGCCUGAAGGCGGCCCUGGAUUCAUCCCAGCGGACCCUCAAAUCCUUCAAGAGAGUGUCCCAGGUGGUCACCCAGGAUUACUGCGAGGCGCUGCAGAAGCUGGAGCUGGAGCAGGACCUGCGCCUGCACGCCGAGGCCUUCGCCCACAAGAUGCUGGUGGAGAAGAAGGAGGCGAGCAGGCAGAGCAGCAUUCUGCUGCAGAGCGCGGCGCCCAGCGCCCAGCUGCUGCGGGCGCUGCAGGAGGUGGGCAGCCUCAGCAGGGCGCUGGAGGAGGCUCGGCAACAGCACCAGCAGCAGGUGAAGGAGCUGGAGGAGCAGCUGCGUGCCAGGCCGCGGCAGGAGGAGCUGGAGCUGGCCAGGGCUGCGCUGGCUGCGGCCGAGGAGGGGAGGCAGGAGCUGAGGGCGCAGCUGCAGGAGGCGCGCGGGCGGCUGGAGGAGCUGGAGGCGGCCGCGAGUUUGGAGCAGGAGGGGGACCUGGCACGGAGCGAGCCCCCGCCACCGCCGCCACCGCCACCGCUGCCACCGCCUGCGCCCAGCGUCCCCGUGGACCCCCUCUUGGCGCUCAGGCAGAGGAAGGGGCAGGCCAACCCGCAGCACCGGAAACCGGGACCUGGCGAUGCCAAAGCCCGAGCCGUGCAGGAGAUGAUGGAGAGGAUAAAGAACGGGGUGGUGCUGAGACCCGCCAAGGAGCGGGUGGCCCUGAGCCAGUCAGCCAGCAAGCGGAGGAGCGCGGCGCUGGAGCUGCGGGGCAUCCUGGGCGCCAUGCGCAGGGCGAGCAGGAGGACGAGCGGGCGCAGGAGCAGCGUGCGGGGCCAGGACAGGCAGCUGGAGGCCAUCCUGCAGCGACGCCGCCGGGCCAUCGAUGUCCCCGAGUCCCCCCCAGGGCCGGACACCACCGACCCCGACCCCAACCCCGACCCCGACCCCGGGGCUGGGGGCAGGACGGAGCCGGGUCACGAGGAUGCUGGCAGAGCCGCUUCCCCCAGCCCCUGGCACGGGGACGGGGCUGGGGACCCCCUCCAGUUCCGCCCGCGGGCGGUGGGAGGCAUCUCCCGGAGCAGACCCUGCGCCUGGCAGGCUGGAGGGGGGGAGAAGGAGGGGAGGGGGCAGCCCCAAACCCACCCCAAACCUGCCCGGAGCGGGGCGGACGGAGGGGAGCAGGGCUGUCCGUCUGUCCAGCCCUCCGUCCGUCCUGCUUAGGCCACCAGCCGUGUCCCCAGGGCCACCAGGACGCAGCUGCUGGCUCGGGCACGGCAACGCAGAAGAAAUCUGCCCAAAAUUGGGGGAAGGACACUGGGUGGGGGGCGAUGCUGGGG